AUGAAAAUUGUUAGCAUUUGUUUGGUGACUUUAACAUUUUUGUAUUAUGUUAGUGCUGAUACACAUUCUCAAAAUGCAACGCAUCCUGAUUAUCCGGGAAUGUGCUAUUAUGAUGAUAAACCUUAUCCGCCAGGGGAGCAUAUUAUAAUGAAACGUUGUGAAAAAAUUACAUGUGGUUCAAAUAGUUGGGUUAGCAUUCAUGGUUGUAUUAAAACAGCCAGUUCAAAGCCAAAUUGUAAAAGAGGAGAUUAUUUUGGUGUUGGUAUGCCGUUCCCCGAAUGUUGUUUAAGAAAAUAUAAAUGUACUGAUGAAAAUGGAGAUGAUUAUGUUGAUUUAGAUUUUUAA